ACAAAUUAAAUCAUCCCAUUCCAUCACAUUAUUUAUCUCUCUUCACACAAAUACCAAGCUAUCUCUCACUAGAAAAGAAAAAAAAAAACUCUUAGAUCUUCUUUAAUCUUUUAAAGUAAGUGUCUCGAGAGUAUAUCGUAGUAGUUAAGUUCGUAGAUUCUGUUUCGGGUGUUGCGAAACAGUCUCAUCACGGUUGUAUCCUGGGAUUCAAAAAUCGCAUAAAACCGUCACACAUUACGGGCGAUUUAUUGAGAAAUGGAAAACAAGAAAACGCCGGCGACGCCAAAGGAUGUUUUCGGUGGCGGAGGCAAGUCUGAGGAAGGCAAGAAACCUGAGGAAGGAGCGAUGUUGAAGGCUUUGUUAGCUCAAGAGGAGAUCGAUUCCUUGGAGAAUCCUCAACCACAACCUCUGAGAAUCCUUGGAGAAUCCUCACCCAAUACUCAUACCUAUAGGUUAUACUCCAAGGGUUUGGUGAGUGAAGAGAUUGUCAAAGAUGUUACGAAACUGGUAGGUGGUUCAGGCCUGUUUCUUUGUGACUCGAACGGUAACUCUUCAGCGACCAACAAAGUUCUGAGAGACCACCGAGUCCUGGCACAACCUGAAGCGGUGGAAUUGGCUGCCAUAAUCCAAGGGCUGGAUUGGGCGUUGAAACAUGGUGUGAAAAGUAUCCAAUUCUUCUGUGAAGAUGAUUCGAUCAUCUUGGAUUACGUAAUAGGCAAAGCCGCACCACCGAACGAGUCCAUUGUAGUGGCAAAACUUUUGAAGCAACUGGCUCUUCUUCAGACAAGCUUCACGUCUUGCCAGGCACUCCCUCUUCUGCGCUCAGACGACAUCAAUUCUUCUCUCAUUAAGCUUGCAAGAGAUGCCAUUGCUUCCCAAACCACAUGGCAGCGUGAAGACGGCGUAGUAGUGGAAGCAUGUGUUAUCUGUUACGAAGAUGUGCCAGCGGAUACGAAAUUCACGGUGUCUGGAUGCUUCCACCGAAUUUGCUUCGAAUGCAUGAGGAACUAUAUCACGCAUAGUCUACGGCACCGGAGUCGGCUCAUCUGCCCAAAUACGGGUUGCAAGUCCGAGCUCAAGCCUGCAGACUGCAACCGGAUUGCUGAUCCGGAUCAGCUUGCAUUGAUGGUCGAACGCAAGGCUGAGGAGACCAUUGAUGUUUCAGACAGGGUCUACUGUCCGAACCCUCGAUGUUCGAUUCUAAUGUCUGCUCGAGGGCUUCCCGUAGUUGAUCCCGCUCUUACCGGAGCGCGGAAGUGUCUCGGAUGUGGUUUACGCUUCUGUGUAAACUGCAAGAUGGAGUGGCAUACUAAGCUGAGCUGUGCUGAAUUCAGGAAGACCAAAGCCUAUACGAAGUCCGGUACAGCCGUUUUCGAUGCUACAGCUCGGGAGCUUGGUCUGAAGAAGUGCAGGAGGUGUCUCUGCACCGUUGAGCGUGCCGAAGGUUGCAAGCACAUGACGUGCACGUUUUGCAAGUACGACCGCGACCUCCCACUCGGCUACUGUCCCAAGCCUUCUUGUAACUUUUUGAUGUCCGACCGCGACCUCCCACUCGGCUUCUCCAUUGAUCCUCGCCAAAAGUCAGUAGCACGCACAUGCGUCGAGUGCGGCUUGUGUUUCUGCAAAAAAUGCCAUGUUCCAUGGCAUUACAAGAAGACGUGCGAUGAGUUCAAGAAGUCCCCGUCUUACCUGACAUCUGACGCUGCGCUUUUUGAGUCGUUAGUCAAGACACAGGGAUGGAUCAAGUGUCCCCAGUGUGCCACCGUUGUUCAAAAAAAUGGCGGGUGCCAACGCAUUAGCUGCAGACAUUGCAACCACAAGUUCUGUUACGCAUGUGGGGCUGCGUGUACAAGGCAGAAAAUGUCAUGCAACUGCAGCCCAGAAGACGGGCCUAGUAAGAUGUCUUCGUCUUCUGGUGAAUCCCACAAGACUAGGCUUCUAAGGGCUUGAUAUGCCAUCUUCUCUUCAAAUAAAAAGUCACCAUUCCAAAUAGUUUCCUAUUAACGAUUUGCUCUGAGCUUCUGUAUUCAAGAACAAGUUUGUGAUAUGCAUAUUCGACACUUGCUUUCUCUCUUCAAAUGUCUAAUACGAAAACGACCAUUGUUGAGUGUUAUAGUUAAAACUGAUACCAAUGUUGUAAACAAUGUAUAUGCAUUGUAAAAAGACAAAGGUAGAAUGAA